AUUUGGUUUGUUCUCACGAGAUCAUCGGCGUCGUCCGAGGCGGGAGCGGUCAGUUAGAGAGACUGAGUCGGAGCGGGCCUCGAGCCUCCAGCCUGACAGACAGAGACACCGCCUCAGGGAGCCGCACAGAGUGAGAAUUUCCCAUCUCAACAAUGUCGCAAUCUUCAGACAAGUUUAAGAUGCUGCAGCAGCAGCAACAACAACUGUUACAGCAACAGCAGCAGCAGCAGCAAGCUCAAUUCACAAACCCAGAGACUCCUGGCUAUGUGGGGUUUGCCAAUCUCCCUAACCAGGUGCAUCGCAAAUCUGUGAAGAAGGGGUUUGAAUUCACACUGAUGGUAGUUGGUGAGUCUGGCUUGGGCAAGUCAACAUUAAUCAACAGUCUCUUUCUGACUGACCUCUAUCCUGAGAGAGUUAUACCUGGAGCUGCAGAGAAAAUUGAAAGAACAGUCCAGAUUGAGGCUUCAACUGUUGAGAUUGAGGAGCGUGGUGUAAAACUGCGCCUGACUGUGGUUGACACGCCUGGAUAUGGGGAUGCCAUCAACAGUCAAGACUGUUUUAAGACAAUUAUUUCAUAUAUCGAUGACCAGUUUGAGCGGUACCUUCAUGAUGAAAGUGGAUUGAACAGAAGGCACAUUAUUGAUAACCGGGUCCAUUGCUGCUUUUAUUUCAUCUCUCCUUUUGGCCAUGGACUGAAGCCCCUAGAUGUGGAGUUCAUGAAAGCCAUACACAAUAAAGUGAAUGUUGUUCCUGUUAUUGCUAAGGCAGACACUCUUACACUGAAGGAAAGAGAGAGACUCAAAAGAAGGAUCCUCGAUGAGAUAGAGGAACACAGUAUUAGGAUAUACCAUCUUCCAGAUGCGGAGUCUGAUGAGGAUGAGGAUUUCAAGGAGCAAACUCGAAUCCUUAAGGCCAGUAUCCCUUUUGCUGUGGUUGGAUCAAAUCAGUUGAUUGAGGCAAAAGGUAAAAAAGUCCGAGGGCGUUUGUAUCCAUGGGGAGUAGUGGAGGUGGAGAAUCCGGAGCACAAUGACUUCCUGAAGCUAAGAACCAUGCUCAUAACACACAUGCAGGAUCUGCAGGAGGUGACCCAGGAUCUUCACUAUGAAAACUUCCGCUCGGAGCGUCUCAAACGGGGUGGCAGGAAAGGGGAAGAGCAUCCUCAAGAUAAGGACCAGAUCCUGCUGGAGAAAGAAGCUGAGUUACGUCGCAUGCAGCAGAUGAUUGCUCAGAUGCAGGCUCAAAUGCAGAUGCAAAUGCAGAAGCCAGGAGGAGAUGGAGAUAGCAGCAGUGUGCACAGUCAACAUGUAUAAUCUGGAGAACAAAGAUUGAAGAUCACCUUGAAGCAGAAGUGGAGAGGGAUUUAAAGUGUGGAAAUAAUGGCAGCCAGUGUUGACAGCUAAUUUCAAUGUUUAGUUCACAAUGCAGUAUUGUAAUCCUUUGUACCCUGAUUUUUGCCAUUUUUUUUACUGUGGUAAUUUUUUUUUAUAUUGUACUGUGAUGUUCUUCCGUUACACUUUUGGUUAAUUUUUGUACACAUGAAGUUGUAGCUUUCGAGUAUGAAGUAUUAACAAUGAUGAUUAAGGGUGCAAAAGCCACUAUUUUUGGGAAAGCAUUUGCUUAUAAAAGAACUGUAGCCUGUUCUAUUAAAUAAUACAAUUUGGUUUAAUGUGUGAGGUUGGAAGGUGUGGAGAGACGAAUGAGGUAUAGUUGCUCUAUAGUUACUGCAGAUAGAUGCAUGCUGUACUUUGUCUCUGGAUCUUAAUGUUUAAUACUUUUAUGGUGAUGUAUGUACAAAGACUUACUGAAUGCUUGCUUCUCUUGUGUUCUGCACAAUAGUAUCUCUCGGGGCUAAGAACUGAAUUAUUCCUCAAGUACAUCGGUUUAGUGACUAGUUUGAUGCCCUUCUCUUGUUGAUGACUUGCUCCUUUGCUGCAAGGCUUCUAUUCUGUACUUCUCGUGAAGGGACAGGCCCAUGAUUCCACUUGGCAGACAGAUUUGAAAAGCAUGCUCUUUUAUGGUGUUGGCUCAUGUGACAGUGAGUUUUGAUGUCUCUUGGUGUAGAUCUGUGUGUUGAAUUUCCCUUGUGUAAUAUCAAAUUGACUUUCUGCACCCCCCUGCACUGCCCCCCCCAAAAAAAAAACUCAUUCCUUGAUGGAAGGAGAGAGAUAGUGGCAUUUUGUAAUUGCUCCUGUUUCCUACAAGUCAAUGUUGUCUUCUCACAAGCUGCUGCUUUUUUAUAAGAGACGUGUAAGUAGAUGGUAUGAAAAUUGUCCUUUUUUUGUAACAUGGACAAAAUUAGGUAGAACCUUUUGAAUAACUAGGGAAGAGGUUUGUUUACCAUAUGAUCCUUAAGGAUAAAUAAUCCACAGAAUUCUCCAGUAGAUUUUAUAUUUUUAAUCCUUUGUACCUUCAUUCAGUAAAAUGUUUUGAUGUCCUCUAGAAAUGGUGCAAUAUGCACACUGUUAGACAAUGCAAUUGCAAACAAAUCUGUUGUAAUAUCCUCAGUGCACUGUCACCAUUUGAUCUGAUCCUUCAUUAAUUUACUACUUCAGGUUUUUGUUAGUACAUUUCGCUGGAUAGCUGGUCUGUGAUGCCGUGUGACUCCAAAAGUAUGGGUUCAACUUCACACCAGUUGAGGUUACCGUGAAGGACUUUUCUUCUUCUCAACCUCUUCGCUGUUGCUCUUGCUGUCUAAUGGGAGAACAACCCUAUGGUCACUCAAUCUUGCCUUCUUCUGGGAAGCUAUACACACAAGAUCUGAUGCCAUCAGUAGUAAACACUUUGUUAUUUCAUUUUCAGUCCUAUUUAAAAAAAAAACCUGUGGAUGGCUUGACUGAAAUACCUAUUUCUAAAUCAUCGAUCUGUCUUUGAGCUCACACCAGAUUCAUCACAAGCUACAUUAAGAUGUUAGAAUGGUUAUUGAAUGGAAGACGGUUAUUCAUCUCCUGCUGCUGUGUUAUAAUGAUUGCUUUUGAUAGGCUUUGAACUAGCUUCCUAAAAGGUUUAGUGUGAUUGAGUAUAGUGUAUCUAGCUUACACAUUGAGUAAAUGCUGAUGUCAGUGAGUACAGAAAUGUCAGCGACCUUAAAUCUUUGUAAAAAGAGUACUGUCAUUAUUAACAGCAAAUCUGAUUGAAGUAAAUUCCUUGCCAAUUGUUCAGAUUUGGGUCAGAGCACAUGCUUUUAAUUUUCUUGGUGCUCAGUGGCGGUGAUUGAAUACUUUGUGACUUGCUGUUCUGAGUUAAUUGCCUGGAGGUUUAGUUUGUUGAACACAUCCAAUUACAAUUUUUCAAGAACUGGGCAUUUAAAAUAAAACGCUGCCCCAAUGAAUGUAGCAGAAGAAGUACGGCAUUGCAUUUUCAAGCCCUGAAGUUUCUUAACAACGUAUUAUAGUAAUACCCUAAAUGUACAGUUUAUGCUUAUUUUUACAUAUUUGGUUUUCAAAUUGCUUUCAUGGCUCUCACAUCUGUAAUUUUAGAUGAUAGUGAUGCUCAUUACAAUAUCCUAUGUUUAACUCCCUCUAAACAUGGCCAAAUAAAUUUAUUUUCUGUAAUUAGACCAAUAGCAGAGUCUCUGGGCACUGUUUUUUGUGGUCUAUAUGAAUGAAGACCUGCAGCCUGUGAUUGAGGAAAGUUGCUAUCAAGUCCAAAUCUAAAUCCAUAUUCCCACUCUCAAUCGGAGUAUAACUGAAGUUGCUAGUUGUGUCAGACUUAGGAUUUACUGAUCAGCAAAGAAAAGCUGUUUCCAAGCAUGUGGGUAUGAGAAAAAGCAGUUUGGAUAGGCUGCAGUGCAGUCAUAAAAAUGAACUGAAUAUUACAAUAUUUGGAGCAAUGGAUGCUAGUGGAGUGAGACCAACAGAAGAUGAUUGACAGUUUGUGAUGAUCACAGUAAAGUUGGAUAUGGAUAGACAUGAAACUAAUUAAUUUUCCAUCUCUAACAUCUGAUAACGUUAAGAUGCUUGCGAUUAAAUGAAUGGUGUGCCUUGGGCUGAAGUGAAUUCAUUGCAGAAGUCACCAUUCCCUAGCAGUCCAUAAACCUAUGCUUUGUACUUGCAGUUGCAUAUGUUUAGGUCUGCACUUUUUCUUCAAGUACUUGCUUGAUACUAAAGCCAUUGUUUUUAUUUAAUUGGCGAGUUCUAUAGUUGCUGAACAUGGGCCUGUUGCAAAAUGGGAGUCUGUUGUUCCUUGACCUAGUAUAAUUGUUUCUUUGCCAUCUUAUGAUAUCAUAUACAUCAGCCCACUCUUGUAUAAAUGUCUGCACAACAUUAAUAUACUGUGAAUAAAGUUUGUGAGAAGAUUUGUAGAUCGGGUGCUCGUUGUUGUGGUUCUGUUCGCCGAGCUGGGAGUUUUUGUUGCAAACGUUUCGUCCCCUUUCUAGGUGACAUCUUCAGUGCUUGGGAGCCUCCUGUGAAGCGCUUCUGUGCUGAUUCCUCCGGCAUUUAUACUGGUUUGAAUCUGCCGCUUCCGGUUGUCAGUUGCUGUCCGCUGCAGUGGUCGGUAUAUAGGGUCUAGUUCGAUGUGUUUGUUGAUGGCAUGGCACUCAUCCACAAAUGCCGGAGGAAUCAGCACAGAAGUGCUUCACAGAA